AUGGAUGGAAUUAUCAGAAGAUACCUGUGGGAGAAGUGGAUAAAGGUUAAAUUGAUAAAUGAAGGGAAAUUGAAGUUUAAGGUGUCUAGUAUAAUUACGGUUCUGCUGCAAAAAUCGCAAGAUAAAUGGCACAGGUCGGAGAAAGGAGCCUGGACUCGGCGCCUAAUCCCGCAAAUAGAGCCUUGGUUAAGCAGAAAGCACGAUGAAACAACAUUUCACCUGAGCCAGACGCUUUCUGACCAUGGAUACUUUAGCAAGUACCUGCACUUCAUCGCCAAGAACGAGGAUAAAAGGUGCUGGUACUGUGACGAGGACGAUAGCCCUGAGCACAUGCUAGAGCCAGAAAAUGUUAUCAGUGUAAUGUUGAAGAGUGCGGAGAGCUGGGAUAUUGUAGUGGCGUACAUAUCAGAGGUGCUACUAAGCAAAGAAGACGAGCGGAGGCUGCUGAGGGCCUACUAG